AUGGUCAGUGUAUCGUGCCAAACAUUGCCGAUACCGACAGUCGAGAAAGCGGUUUGCCCUGUUCAGCGACCGAUGUCAGAAGUUGUGGAAAAACGGAAGACCUUCUCGACUGCCACCUCCGGACACGCCAAACGUAUUUCCAUUGUAAGGACAGACAAAGGCAGGGAACAGAAAAACGCGGUAUCGGCUGCCGCUUUCGGACACGCCGAGCAAAUAUUCAUUUUCGGAAAAGACAUAGUCACGGAACAGAAAAACGCGACCCCGGCUGCCGCCUCCGGACACGCCGAGCAAAUAUCCAUUUUAAGGAAAGACAAUGUCAUGGAACAAAAAAAUGUGGUCUCAACUGCCGCCUCCGGACACGCCAAACGUAUUUCCAUUUUAAGGAAAGACAAAUUCACGGAACAGAAAAACGCGGUAUUGGCUGCCGCUUUCGGACACGCCGAGGAAAUAUCCAUUUUAAGACAAGACAUAAUCACGGAACAGAAAAAUGUGGUCCCGGCUGCCACCUCCGGACAUGCCGAGCAAAUAUCCAUUUUAAGGAAAGACAAUGUCAUGGAACAGAAAAACGUGGUCUCAACUGCCGCCUCCGGACACGCCGAGCAAAUAUCCAUUUUAAGACAAGACAAAGUCACGGAACAGAAAAAUGCAGUCCCGGCUGCCGCCUCCGGACACGCCAAACGUAUUUCCAUUUUAAGGAAAAACAAAGGCAGGAAACAGAAAAACGCGGUCUCGGCUGCCGCCUCCGGACACGCCGAGCAAAUAUCCAUUAAAAGGAAAGACAAAGUCACGGAACAGAAAAACGCGGUCUCGGCUGCCGCCUCCGGACACGCCGAGCAAAUAUCCAUUUUAAGACAAGACAACGUCACGGAACAGAAAAACGCGACCCCGGCUGCCGCCUCCGGACACGCCGAGCAAAUAUCCAUUUUAAGGAAAGACAAUGUCAUGGAACAGAAAAAUGUGGUCUCAACUGCCGCCUCCGGACACGCCAAACGUAUUUCUAUUUUAAGGAAAGACAAAUUCACGGAACAGAAAAACGCGGUAUCGGCUGCCGCCUUCGGACACGCCGAGCGAAUAUUCAUUUUCGGAAAAGACAUAGUCACGGAACAGAAAAACGCGACCCCAGCUGCCGCCUUCGGACACGCCGAGCAAAUAUCCAUUUUAAGACAAGACAGAGUCACGGAACAGAAAAAUGUGGUCCCGGCUGCCACCUCCGGACACGCCGAUCAAAUAUUCAUUUUCGGAAAAGACAAUGUCAUGGAACAGAAAAACGUGGUCUCAAAUGCCGCCUCCGGCCACGCUAAACGUAUUUUCAUUUUAAGGAAAGACAAAUUCACGGAACAGACAAACGCGGUAUCGGCUGCCACCUUCGGACACGCCGAGCAAAUAUCCAUUUUAAGACAAGACAAAGUCACGAAACAGAAAAAUGCAGUCCCGGCUGCCGCCUCCGGACACGCCGAGCAAAUAUCCAUUAUAAGGAAAGACAAAGUCACGGAACAGAAAAACGCGAUCUCGGCUGCCGCCUUCGGACACGCCGAGCAAAUAUCCAUUUUCGGAAAAGACAUAGUCACGGAACAGAAAAACGCAACCUUGGCUGCCGCCUCCGGACACACUGAGCAAAUAUCCAUUUUAAGACAAGACAUAGUCACGGAACAGAAAAACGCGAUCCCGGCUGCCGCCUCCGGACACGCCGAGCAAAUAUCCAUUUUAAGACAAGGUAUAGUCACGGAUCAGAAAAAUGUGGUCCCGGCUGCCACCUCCGGACAUGCCGAGCAAAUAUCCAUUUUAAGGAAAGACAAAGUCACGGAACAGAAAAACGCGGUCUCUGCUUCCGCCUCCGGACACGCCAAACGUAUUUCCAUUUUAAGGAGAGACAAAGGCAGGAAACAGAAAAACGCGGUCUUGGCUGCCGCCUCCGGACACGCCGAGCAAAUAUCCAUUUUAAGACAAGACAUAGUCAAGGAACAGAAAAACGCGACCCCGGCUGCCGCCUCAGGACACGCCGAGCAAAUAUCCAUAUUAAGACAAGACAAAGUCACGGAACAGAAAAACGCGACCCCGGCUGCCGCCUCCGGACACGCCGAGCAAAUAUCCAUUUUAAGACAAGACAUAGUCACGGAACAGAAAAAUGUAGUCCUGGCUGCCACCUCCGGACAUGCCGAGCAAAUAUCCAUUUUAAGACAAGACAACGUCACGGAACAGAAAAACGCGACCCCGGCUGCCGCCUCCGGACACGCCGAGCAAAUAUCCAUUUUCGGAAAAGACAUAGUCGCGGAACAGAAAAACGCAACCUUGGCUGCCGCCUCCGGACACACUGAGCAAAUAUCCAUUUUAAGACAAGACAUAGUCACGGAACAGAAAAAUGUGGUCCCGGCUGCCACCUCCGGACAUGCCGAGCAAAUAUCCAUUUUAAGGAAAGACAAAUUCACGGAACAGAAAAACGUGGUCUCAAAUGCCGCCUCCGGCCACGCCAAACGUAUUUCCAUUUUAAGGAAAGACAAAUUCACGGAACAGAAAAACGCGGUCUCGGCUGCCGCCUCCGGACACGCCGAGCAAAUAUCCAUUUUAAGACAAGACAAAGUCACGGAACAGAAAAACGCGACCCCGGCUGCCGCCUCCGGACACGCCGAGCAAAUAUCCAUUUUAAGACAAGACAUAGUCACGGAACAGAAAAAUGUGGUCCUGGCUGCCGCCUUCGGACACGCCGAGCAAAUAUCCAUUUUCGGAAAAGACAUAGUCACGGAACAGAAAAACGCAACCUUGGCUGCCGCCUCCGGACACGCCGAGCAAAUAUCCAUUUUAAGACAAGGUAUAGUCACGGAACAGAAAAAUGUGGUCCCGGCUGCCACCUCCGGACAUGCCGAGCAAAUAUCCAUUUUAAGGAAAGACAAAGUCACGGAACAGAAAAACGAGGUCUCGGCUGCCGCCUCCGGACACGCCAAACGUAUUUCCAUUUUAAGGAGAGACAAAGGCAGGAAACAGAAAAACGCGGUCUCGGCUACCUCCUCCGGACACGCCGAGCAAAUAUCCAUUUUAAGACAAGACAAUGUCGCGGAACAGCAAAACGCGGGUCCAGCUGCCGUGGGUAGACCCGACACCCAGAUGCCGAUUAUACGGAGAAAUGGAGUUGAAGACGGAAAACUUAACUCGGUCGAGGACCCAGGAUUUGACGAAGGACAAAAAAACCGCCCACGCCGACGGUCACUAUGGCAGCGAACCAAGAGACUGCUUGGAAGAAUUAGCAUAACACUUAACGGGUCUCAUCCGUCCAAGCAACCGCCCGGCUUCGGUUCUUAAUUUGUGCCGCCAAAUUUUACAAACGGCGCAUGUAGACGAACGAAACGGCGGUAAAAGUAGAGCCAACCCGAAAACCGUCGAAGGCCUUAUUGCACCUUAAGGCACCUUAUUGGUGCUCGGUAACGGCCAUUCGUGACGCGCUCCGGUACAGGAGGGCAACCCUUCUUGUCGAUUGCUGGCCCGGCCGCUGGCCGAUGGCCUGGGGCAAAUCCCUUGUUUGAUCAUCGAAUCAAACAAGACUAACCGAGCAAUCUUGUGUCGACCGGGAGGAAAACGGUUACACGUCUUGAAUAACCCGAAAUAUAGUGUAUAAA